CACGCCCCCUCUCCCUCAGCCCCCCUUAGAGCGGGUGUCGCGCGGUGAUGACGUAAGCAGGAGUGCGGCCCGUCCGCCAUGGCGAAGACCGUGGCCUAUUUCUAUGAUCCAGACGUUGGGAAUUUCCACUACGGCGCGGGGCACCCCAUGAAGCCGCAUCGCCUGGCGCUCACCCACAGCCUGGUGCUGCACUACGGGCUCUACAAGAAGAUGAUCGUUUUCAAGCCAUACCAGGCGUCCCAGCACGACAUGUGCCGCUUCCACUCCGAGGAUUACAUUGACUUCCUGCAGAGAGUGAGUCCCAACAACAUGCAGGGCUUCACCAAGAGCCUCAAUGCCUUCAACGUGGGCGAUGACUGCCCAGUGUUUCCAGGCCUCUUUGAGUUUUGCUCUCGUUAUACUGGGGCCUCCCUGCAGGGAGCAACACAACUGAACAACAAGAUCUGUGACAUUGCCAUAAACUGGGCAGGGGGCCUCCAUCAUGCCAAAAAGUUCGAGGCUUCUGGUUUUUGUUAUGUUAAUGACAUCGUUAUCGGCAUCCUGGAGCUGCUCAAGUAUCACCCACGUGUCCUGUAUAUCGACAUCGAUAUCCAUCACGGAGACGGGGUGCAGGAGGCUUUUUACUUGACAGACCGUGUCAUGACAGUGUCAUUUCACAAAUACGGGAACUAUUUCUUUCCUGGCACAGGUGACAUGUAUGAGGUGGGUGCAGAGAGUGGCCGUUACUACUGUCUGAAUGUGCCCCUACGGGAUGGUAUCGAUGACCAGAGUUACAAACACCUCUUCCAGCCAGUCAUUAACCAGGUGGUAGAUUACUACCAGCCCACCUGCAUAGUGCUGCAGUGUGGUGCUGAUUCUCUGGGUUGUGACCGUUUGGGCUGUUUUAACCUCAGUAUCAGAGGCCAUGGGGAGUGCGUGGAGUAUGUGAAGAGCUUCAACAUCCCCUUGCUGGUCCUGGGAGGAGGUGGUUACACAGUCCGGAACGUGGCACGAUGCUGGACUUACGAAACAUCAUUGCUUGUAGAUGAAGCAAUUAGUGAAGAGCUGCCAUACAGUGAGUACUUCGAGUACUUUGCUCCAGACUUCACCCUUCACCCUGAUGUCAGCACAAGGAUUGAAAACCAGAACUCCAGGCAGUACUUGGAUCAGAUCAGGCAGACCAUAUUUGAGAACCUGAAGAUGCUGAACCACGCUCCCAGUGUGCAGAUCCAUGAUGUGCCCUCAGACCUGCUCAGCUACGAUCGCACGGAUGAGCCCGAUCCAGAGGAGAGGGGCUCUGAGGAAAACUACAGCAGACCCGAGGCUGCCAACGAGUUUUACGACGGUGACCACGACAACGACAAAGAGAGCGAUGUGGAGAUCUGAGGGCUCUGGACUGCUGGGCAUCCCACAUUGGACAGGGAUGUUUGGAGCACUUAACUGGGCUGUGGAGGAGCCCUCCCUUCAUCUUAGACUGCACGUAGUGGCAGCAGGAACAGCCCCACUGCAGGAUUCUGCUGCCUGGAGAGGCAAAGAACAGUGAAAUGUGUUCCUGAGUUUCCACCACGUGUCAUGGUUCCAGCUGUCACUGCUCUGGGAAAAGGGGUCCAUGCUGUGUGCUGGCUGACAGCCUUGGGACAGCCGUCAGAGCCUGACCUAUGCUCUGUGACUCCCCUGCAGGCUCCUGCCAGCUGGGAGCUGGAGCAGCUGUGCCUGCCAUCUCUGCCUCUGUUCCAGCACCACCAGAUCCAUCCUGUUCUCCCCAACCCUCCACUCAGGUACCACUUGACUGUGCUUUGCAGCCUGCACUGAGUUGCUUCCUGAUGGCCCUUCCAACCAUUUGGUGCUCCACAGCUUGAGGAAAACUAUUGGAGACCAGGCCAGUUGUGGGGUCAGGGUGGGGAGUGUCCCUGGAGCAGAGACCAAGGGAUGGAGGCUUGUUCCUUCCCCCCACACCCAGACUUGCAUUCACAAGCGAGUUCUUCAACACUGCUGAGUUGGAGACCCAACUUCUCUGGUGUGUUUAUUCUCCAAGAGGCUAAAAUCCCUGUGGAACAGAGGUUUGGCUGCCAAGGUCAGUACAUGGUGCAUCUUACACCCCUAAUGCAGCUCCCAGCUGUCUUUUCCACGUUCACACAUGACCCUUCUGUGCGUUAGCAAAAGAUCUGGGCUACUUGCUCCGAGGGGAAAUCAUUCCCUCUUGACUGCACCCAGCAGACAUGGGUGAGGUAAGCUGCUUCCUCCAAGUCCUAUGCCUUUCUGCCCUCACCCUGCAGAGAUUUGUCUCAGCCAUCUGUCAAAUCCCAGACUUUGCUACUCCCUCUCCCGAGCUGUCAGCUGGUACCUGUGGUGGUUUGGAAUGUGCUGUUUGGGGAGCUGGGAGGGUUUAGCCUCUGUCUGUGCUGUUCUGUUUGUUUACUGAUGUCUUUAAACAUUAAAGAAGAGGCAGUAUUUUUCUUACCUGA